GGGGGUGGGGGGUGGGGUCUGUCCCCCGGCACCGCCGCCCCGCGCGCUGGAGACUCAGGAUCCUGCCUUGUGCGCGCUCCGGCCUCACCAUGGCGCGCUGGGCGGUCCUCGCGCUGCUGCUGAUCGGCCUCCGGGACGCUCGGGUGUCCGGCCAAGGUGAUUUCGACUUAGCGGACGCCUUUGAUGACGGCCCCAAGAAGCCCACACCUACGCCAAGGAAACCCAGCUCCGGCGAUGACUUAAGUUUAGAAGAUGCCUUGGGUGGUGGGGGACACAGUGACCCAGGAAUUCCUGCUCCCCCGAGGCCCAAACCGAAUCCGAACCCAAAGCAGCCAGAAACCUCAGGUGGAUUUUCAGAUUCCGACCUCCUGGACGGGACCUCAGGGGGAGCCGGAGCUGGAGGUGCAGGUGGCGGCGGGGACGGCGCCGGUGGCGGAGGCGGCAGCCCGCGGCAUGAGGGCGACGGGCAGGGCGAACCCCAGGGGGUGAUCCCCGGCAUCAUCGGGGCCGUGGUGGUGGCCGUGGCCGGGGCCAUCUCCAGCUUCAUCGCCUACCAGAAGAAGAAGCUCUGCUUCAAGGGCAACGCUGAGCAAGGUGACAUCAACUUGGAGAACCAUCGCAGCAUCAACGCGGAGCCACCAGUUCAACAGACGCUCCUGGCGAAAUAGAAUAUCGGCGGCAAAAAAAAAACAACAAACAAAAAAAACCCAAAAAACGCCCAGUGUGUUCGCAGCAGGACUGCAAGGCGUCCCUGCUGUAGCCCCGAGGAAUCCCUGCGAGUGGGCGGGGCCUGCUCCACCUGGGCCAGCCCUGGCGGGACCCACCUCACCUGGAUCAGCCCUACCCGGCCCGGACCCGCCAGGAGCCGCCACACCCGCCUGGGGACCGGCCCGGUCUCGCCCUGCCUUUGCUCCAGUUGGAUUCUUGCUCUGCGCAGGCGGCGCGGACCUAACCAUUGAGCUUCCCGAGCCCCGAGGGACGUUGCUCUGGCCUCCCUCCUCCUCCAGGGCACGCCCCCUCCCGCGGAGGGGUCCCCACGCGAGAUGGAAACGCGCGCCGGUCACACGCUCCCCCCGCCCCCGUCAUUCAAAUUCCCAGAAUUCCUGUACAUGUGUCUGCGUGUCCGGGUGUCCGCGGGGCCAUGCCUGGGUGUGCCCGGCCGCUGGCAAAUUUCACAAAAAAAUCCCCCAAAAAACGGAAGGAGGGAGCCUUCCAUCCUUUCGUCCAAACGGCUUUGGUGCCUGAGGAUGUAUUUAAUUUUAUUUUUGUUUUUUUUACAUCCUAAUAAAAAGGGGUGAGAAGCCACACGCUUUUAAAUUUU